AUGGACGAGGAGGCCACCGCUGCCGUUGCGACAGGCACAGGGGCGAAGUCAAGUUCAUCCAAAGGAGGUGGCAUAAUGGGGCGGAGCGCCAAGAUCUUCACCCGAAGGUCGCUCUACGUCGACGUCCAGAGCGUCCGACCACCCUCGCCCGCCUCGGGCGGUGCCGUCAACAUGGCGGCCAGCGGCGGCCACUACAGGACCCGCGCAGCGACCACCAAGGCCGCAAUGACCACCGCGAACGGCGACGGCGACGGCGCGGGCGGCACCAACAACCCGGUUCCGGUCUUCAUGCCUGCCGACCACCGGCUCAAGGUGCUGGUGGUGGGCGACCCGGGCGCCGGCCGUACGGCGCUGGUCAACAACCUCUCGCUCCCGCCGCACCUGUCGUCGCCGCUGCAGCGGCUGUCGUCGUUCCUGGGCUCGAAGAGCGGGUCGUCGCGGGACAGGCAGCCCGACGGCCAGAAGACCACCACCACGGUGCAGCUGAGCCAUGGCACUCGGAGGGACGCAAGAUGGCUGACAGGCGGAGCCAGCUGA